ACUCCAGGAGGAGAUGAUCCAAAGAGAGGAGGCAGAAAACAACCUGGCUGCUUUCAGGGCGGAUGUGGACGCUGCCACGCUGGCUCGUCUGGAUCUGGAGAGACGCAUCGAGACGCUGCAGGAGGAGAUCGCCUUCCUGAAGAGGAUCCAUGAAGAGGAGAUCAGAGAGCUCCAGACGCAGAUGCAGGAGACUCAGGUUCAGGUCCAGAUGGACAUGUCCAAACCGGACCUGACGGCAGCGCUGCGGGACAUCAGAGCUCAGUACGAGGGCAUCGCCGCCAAGAACAUCUCCGAGGCCGAGGACUGGUACAAGUCAAAGGUGACCGACCUGAACCAGGCGGUGAGUAAAAACAACGACGCGCUGAAGACGGCCCGGCAGGAGACCAUGGAGUUCAGACACCAGAUCCAGUCCUACACCUGCGAGAUCGACUCGCUCAAAGGCACCAACGAGUCCCUGAUGAGGCAGAUGCGGGACAUGGAGGACCGUCACGGGCGCGAGGCAGGAGGCUUCCAGGACAACAUCACUCGGCUGGAGGCGGAGAUCUCCAACAUGAAGGACGAGAUGGCGAGACACCUCCGAGAAUACCAGGAUCUGCUCAACGUGAAGAUGGCGCUGGACGUGGAGAUCGCCACCUACAGGAAGCUGCUGGAAGGAGAGGAGAGCAGGAUCACCUUGCCUGUGCAGAGUUACUCCACCCUGAGCUUCAGAGAGACCAGCCCUGAGCACCAGCGCUCCUCUGAGCUGCAUUCAAAGAAAACCGUCCUCAUCAAGACCAUCGAAACCCGCGAUGGAGAGGUCGUCAGCGAGUCGACGCAGCACCAGCAGGACGUCAUGUAACCAUCUGCAGAAACAAGAGAAGAAGAAACAACAACAACACGUCUGUCCUCCACCGAGUCAGACGGAUGAAGAAGUCAAACAAGAUGCACAAAUAAAAAGUAAAAAGACUUCACAGACUCAUGACCUUGUGGUUAAUGCAAUAUGUAAGGUGCUAGAAUCGUUCACUUUAUCAAGGUUAUUUUCAUCUGUGGUGUAUAGUCUUUUCUGUGUUUAAAUUAAACCCUAAAAGCCUAUUUCCUUUUACGAGUUGUAUCUGAAAGAAUAAGGUGAAUAAUAGAGUCAAAUCGAGAUAAAAC